AUGCUAUUGGUUAAAAACUAGUCAUAAAGCUAGAAAUAUCAACCAAUUAUGCUUUAAUAACAGGUAAUAAAGGAGGUGACUGGAAAAUUAGUAGUAAAACUUGAUAUUGCUGUAGAUGUUGUCGUUGACGUUGUCGUUGUUGCAGUUGUAGUAGUUGUAGUUGUCGUUGAUGUUGUUGUAGUUGUUGUUGUUGUAGUUGUAGUAGUUGUAGUUGUCGUUGAUGUUGUUGUAGUUGUUGUUGUAGUUGUUGUUGUAGUUGAGGUUAAAAAAGCUGAGUAUACAGUGAAAAGUUUCUUAUCAAAUGAAACGCUUUUAUUGACUCUACCUCUUGUACUCAGUUCAAAUGAAAAUGCUGGAUCUCCUUUUGUAAAUUUUUAUGAGCCGAAAGGAUUCGAUAAUGUGAGAAUAUUUUAAUCAAGCAAACAUUUCUUUGGUUAAAAAUUCUGCAAAGUUUACUAUGAAAGAAAGCAGUAUGAGUCCUCGUACAUUUAAACAUCUCUAGGGAACUCUAUUUUUAUUAAAGAUUCUCCUUAAAUUGAAUGA